GGAGCCAGAAGUCCCUCUAACCAUUCCUCAGACCAAUGCACAUCAGGACCUGGGUGAACUUCAGGUGACAGUGAGACCCUUCCUACUGCACCCAGCUGGAUCUGAAGACGCUUUGGAAGGAGCUGUGCUGCUGUCGGAUCUGACCCGUUGGCCUCUCCAUACCACGUGGUUUUAGACUCAUUCUCUUCCUGUUUCACGUUCUGGCUGGCUGCCUGCACAUUGACUCCCACUUACGACCCCUGCUGACAGGUGGAUCUGAAGAGCAAGAUGGGGUGCCAGACGCUGUUCAACAUUGGGCAGCAGAUGCUGCGGCGGAAAGUGGUGGACUGCAGCCGGGAAGAGAGCCAGUUGUCGCGCUGCCUCAACACUUUUGACUUAGUGGCCCUGGGCGUGGGCAGCACGUUGGGUGCCGGUGUCUAUGUGCUGGCUGGUGCUGUGGCCCGUGUAGAUGCAGGCCCAGCCAUUGUCAUCUCCUUUCUGAUUGCAGCACUGGCCUCCGUGCUGGCAGGCCUUUGCUAUGGCGAGUUUGGUGCUCGGGUGCCCAAGACGGGCUCAGCAUAUCUCUACAGCUAUGUCACUGUUGGUGAGCUGUGGGCAUUUAUCACUGGUUGGAACUUGAUUCUCUCCUACAUCAUAGGUACUUCAAGCGUGGCGAGAUCCUGGAGCGCCACAUUCGAUGAGCUGAUAGGCAAGCCUAUUGGAGAAUUUUCUCGAAGACACAUGACACUGAAUGCCCCUGGAGUGCUGGCUGAAACCCCAGACAUAUUUGCUGUGAUUAUAAUUCUUAUCUUAACAGGUCUUCUAACUUUUGGUGUGAAGGAAUCAGCCAUGGUCAGUAAGAUCUUUACUUGCGUGAAUGUCUUGGUCUUGGGCUUCAUCAUGGUGUCAGGGUUUGUGAAAGGCACCCUUAAGAACUGGCAGUUCUCAGAAGAAGAUUUCCUGAAUGGCUCCAGUCGGUUCUGCUCUAACAAUGACACUCAAGUUGGGGAUCCUGGUGCUGGAGGAUUCAUGCCCUUUGGCUUCUCUGGUGUCCUGUCAGGGGCAGCAACCUGCUUCUAUGCCUUUGUGGGCUUUGACUGCAUCGCCACCACAGGUGAGGAAGUCAAGAACCCUCAGAAGGCAAUCCCUGUGGGGAUCGUGGCAUCCCUCUUGAUCUGCUUCGUAGCUUACUUUGGGGUGUCAGCCGCCCUCACGCUCAUGACGCCAUACUUCUGCCUGGACAAGGACAGUCCACUACCUGAUGCCUUCAAACAUGUGGGCUGGGAUGGAGCCAAGUAUGCAGUGGCUGUGGGCUCCCUCUGCGCCCUUUCUACCAGUCUUUUAGGCUCCAUGUUUCCCAUGCCUCGUGUCAUUUAUGCCAUGGCUGAAGAUGGGCUGCUUUUUAAGUUUUUGGCUAAAAUCAACAAUAGAACCAAGACUCCAGUAAUUGCCACAAUAACUUCUGGGAUCAUUGCCGCGGUGAUGGCUUUCCUCUUUGACCUGAAAGACUUAGUCGACCUCAUGUCCAUUGGCACUCUCCUGGCUUAUUCUUUAGUGGCUGCCUGUGUGUUGGUCUUACGGUAUCAACCAGAGCAACCUAACCUGGUUUACCAGAUGGCCAGAACCACUGAUGAGAUAGAUCAAGUGGAUCAGAAUGAACUGGUGAGCACAAGUGAUUCCCAGACUGGCUUCUUACCAGAAGUACAGAACUGUUCUCUGAAAAUGAUACUUUCGCCCCAAAACAAGGAGCCUACCAAAUUCUCCGGGCUAAUUGUCAACAUUUCAACCAGCCUCAUUGCGAUUCUUAUCAUUACUUUCUGCAUUGUGGCUGUGCUUGGCGGAAAUGCUCUGAGCCAAGGCGAGUGGUGGGCCAUCCUUAUGCUGGCAGGAUCUGUCCUUCUCUGUUCGAUGGUCACCAUCAUCAUCUGGAGGCAGCCUGAGAGCAAGACCAAGCUCUCAUUCAAGGUGCCCUUCCUGCCAGUGCUGCCCGUCCUCAGCAUCUUCGUCAAUGUCUACCUCAUGAUGCAGCUCGACCGUGGCACCUGGGUCCGCUUUGCUGUGUGGAUGCUGAUGGGCUUCUCCAUUUACUUUGGCUAUGGGCUGUGGCACAGUGUGGAGGCAUCGCUGGCCGCCGACCCAGCACGGACUCCUGACGACAAUCUGGAUCGCUGCAAGUGACCCACGGCACUGGGACCUGGUGGUGCCAGCAAACCCGGUGGGGCCUUGCCUUUGUCCAGAAGCUCUAUGGGUGCCUGGUCACCCCCGCCCAGUUUGGGGACCGUGGCAGACACCCCUAUGUGAGCAGCAGCUUAGCUCACAGCCCUGUGUCCCACUCAGAGUCACUCCACAGGGGACCACAGUGGUCUGCCACCACCACCACCACCACCCCCCAACUCCCAGGCCACUCUCCACACUCUUCUUGGACACAGGACAACAGCUGCUCCGAUCUACUCACCGGCUCGGAAACUAUGGCAGGAAGGAACCCCUUUUCUGCAGGCUUCCCCGGCACACUCCAGACUCAGCCCAGUGAGGCUUGGCCCCAGACAGCUGCCUGUUGUGCAAGAUGUUCACAGAACACUGGUCCUUGACACAACUGUCCUCACAGAGGGGAACUUGGGUGCUUCACCUCGCUGGGACUUGUCAGAGGUGGGGGGACUGUGCUCCCCCUCCCUUUGCAGGCAGGGCUUAACCUUAGGGCUAGAACAGGUGUUCCCAUGAGGCGUCUGUUUCUGCCUCUGCUCCUUCCUGCCUGAGCUUGGGGAGGUGGGCUCCUGUGCCCACAUUUCCUCUCUCCCAAACCCCCCACCCCCGCUCUCGCUGCUUUCAUCUUCGCCAUAAUAUGACUCUGUCUUUGGAAGAGGAGUGAGGGGAGGCUGCAAGGCAGCCUUGGAAGCACCACUCAUUUCCUAUGGCUCAUCGCCCCCACACAUGGUUCUCCAAGGUAUCUGGGACCCCUAGGUCAGAGGUGAGGAUAACUAGGUUUUCAGCCACUUUCUGACACACUGUUGUCCUGAGCUGGAGGCUAAUAAAAGCCUAUAGCCCUAGGAGAAAGACGGAGGAACAGUCAAGUGUCCAGUCUCUGGGCAGAGUGAAACUCAGGGACUGGGAGGCGAUGGGUGUGUGGAUGCCCCUGACAACACCUGAGCUGAAUUUCAGCCCCCUAAGACAUUGGAAUUGAAGGAUGGGAAGCAGCUCAAGGCCAUGAUGGCACUGAUGUCUCCCUUUCUCAGAGAGUUCUUGCAGAGAUGCCAGGAAGCUGCUGAUCAGCCAUUAGUAGGUGGAUGCACUAGUGCCAGGGGCCUGGCCCUCCCUGCAGUCUGAUCACCUUGCUGAAAGCUUCCUUCUCAGCAGAAUCGGUGUAUCUUCCAGAGGGAGGUAAUCAGAACCCAAAGCUUAGAUUCCCAAAGAAAGGUAUUAAAUUUAUGCAGAGUGGUGCUGUACAAUAUUUUGACAAACACUUAACUUAUUUUGGGAUGGCUUUGGUUGCCUGUUAACGUUUGUUUGCUCAAUAUUCUUGAUAUUUUUUCUUCCUCGGUAAAGAGAGCCUGAGGGGAAGGCUAUGUCCAAGAGCAGUGGAGGAGCAGAAGCUUCAAUUCUUUAUCACUUUCUCUUCGUGGCUGCAAUUUCCCUGUAAGAUGGCAGCCAGCAGAUUGUUUACAGUUGACAUUUCAGCAAGCAGCAGCAAUUAUACUGCAACCAGAGCCCAGUAAGAACCCUACUGAGCAGAGGAUGCAUGGGGGGAAUGUGGCAAGCAGUAGCCCUGCUGACAUGCUUUCAUUCAGUGCUUUUCAUAUGCUUGCCCCAGGGCUCUUUGCUUGCACAUAUCAGGGUAGGGUAGAAUUUUGUUUGGACUCUUGACCCAUCUUUCCCGCUACUAAUCUACCCCACCCCCACCCCCAUGGCCUCACACACUUGCACCCAAGUUGCCCCAUGCUUGUGCAUCUAUUGGCUUCACCCUAACAGCCUCUUCCCCAGAUAGGAAUAGGAUUCUCUUUCACAGCUUGGCCAGUGUUUUUCUUCACCAUUAGAGGUUCCACAUUUCUAAGAACACACCCUUUAAUAGUUUCAUGUCUGUGUUCCCAAACGAAAGACUCUUAGUGGAAGGACCCCUUUUCACCUCUUUCUGGCUUCCAUGACCCCACACCUUGUAUGAAAACUCAAGCAAAAGCUGAAUCUCCACUGAAGAAAAAGGGGUGAGGGGAGUCUCAUCUUGGUGGACCCUCUGUAUACCCCACCCCACCUACUCAUACCUCCUCAGCCUGGCUUUGGCCAUAUUUGCUUUUUUGAGCCAAGAGGAAGAAGUGAGAGAUUCCGUGUUCUCUGGUCCAUCCAAGAGAGAUGCUUAAAAUGUGCCAUGCUCCAACAGUUUCAAAUCCCCAGACUUGGGGUUUGCUGCUGCAGAUCUUUCACCACUCAGCUGACCUCCCACCAUGCUACACUCAAACUUAAGUCCCUGCCACAGAGCCCCAAUGCCCACAGCAUUUCCUUUUGUGCUGUUCAUCCUGGGCACGCCUUCCUUGACUUUGCCAGGGCAACUUUAGUCGAAAAAACCCACCUGGCUCUGUUGGGCCCCACGUUGGCACAUUCAGAGCAGAUGGCCCCAUUGGCAUCCAAGAACUACCACUGACGAUGGUAGUGAGGGGUCUCCAGGUCAUGCCGAUUCCCUAGGUGGUCUAGGAUGGAUGUUGCAGGAUGUGGCACAGCCACCCUCUGCCAUGAGGGUCGAUGCUGCUGUGUCGGACUGUUCUGAGUUAAUGAGAUGGAGCUAUGUUGGUUCCGUUUAAUUGUUCUGCAUCAUUUAAAGUGUACAUUUGCCAUAAAACUGAGUUUUGUAUGUGAGACUAGGGUGAGUGAGCUCUAUGUACAUUUUUGUCAGAUUUACAUGGAAAUAAGUUGUGGAUUUUUUUUUACAAUGAAAUACUUUUUGAAAAGCUACACUUCAUAUUUCCUUAUUGCUUUCAUGCCUUAUGUACUUAUAAGGCAAGAAAAUAACCUGAUUUUUGUAUUCUUUCUAGCCCAGAGUCUUUGAGCCUGGUGCUUCACUGAGUGGCAGUGUUCUCUGGAGGGAGGGUGGGAGGGAGGGAGAGGAGUGUCCGGGUGCAGCCCUUCUACAGCUCCCCGAGAGUGGGCUGCUUGGCUGAAGCCCACCGGAAGAGCCUUUGACUGAGCUCUGAAGUCCAGCAGGAUGUCCGCAGGGUCUGAACUGCUCACCAAUGCAGGUAGCAGUGCCACAAAGAUGCUUUCAGACUUUGUUAAUUUAUUAACAGGGUAUAUGAAUAAUUCAUGAUUCUUAAUGACAAGCCUUUAUGUUUGGGACUCAUUUUCUUAUCUGAAAUGUUGUUAGAUAUAUAUGUAUAUAUUUAAAUAAAUUUCCUGCUUUAAGUUGUGCCUUUUAAAGUCAACGGGUCUGAGGAGCACAAGCAUGAUGGUCCCUGAGGGAUGGUUUAUUGUCAAACCUGAAUAGCUGUGGGUUUUGGAAGUCAGCAUUUCUUCUCCUGAACAUGGAGCUGUUAUUAAAAGAAUUGAGUGGAUUUUUUAUUAUGUAAAUUGUGUAAUUUUUUUGCUUGUUCUAUUUUUCUAAUAGUUUUCUUAGUUUCUUAUACUUGUACUACUCAAUUUAGAUUUCUGAUGCUAAAUGCCGAUCAGGUUGAUUUCUGCUGCUCCGUUUGUAUUUUGUUUUCAGAGUAAGCAUAGAUGUUCAUAGUCUUUAAAAACUGUGAAACUCGUAUCCCAUAUUUGCAGACAUGUUGCAAAAUUUACGUUGUUAAAUCAAUUUUUUUGUGGUACAGUAUCCCAUGCCUCUGCGAGUUCUAAUAAAUUCUAUCUGCCUUUCA